AUGGCGACGUGCUUGGUAGUUAUCUCAUUCAUGGAAUAGGUUAUACGACACAAGUCAAAAUAUUUAAAACAAUAACUAAAUAAACCGGUUUGUCAAAGUUACGAAAACAAUACUAUGAUUACGUUGAAAUAACGUAUUACGUUUUGACGCCUUUAAUGUUAUAUUGAUCGACGAAUUCGUGGAUAAUGGCUGAAAAUGCUGUUCAGUGCGACGACGAGUUUUUACAUUCCAUCAAAACACUUCUUUGGGGUAAUGCUGUCAAGGAAGAUGUUUUUAAACGCUGGGCCCAAGGUUUCUAUUUUAGUCCAGAUGAACCCACAGCAUUAAUACAAGCAGAAGGUGGUCCGUGUGCAGUGAUAGCCCCUGUUCAAGCUUUCAUCUUAAAGCAGUUACUCUCUGAAACAGACAUUUCAACCUGGAGAAGUAUAAAUUUAGACAAAUGUUAUCAGCUUCUUGUGCGAGCUUCUGUUGAAAUUCUAAAACAAGCUGCAGGAGAAAAAGGUCCAAAAUAUUCUGUUAUCUAUAUGGAAUGCAAGGUUCCAAAUGAAACAAGCGAAGAAGAACCUAGGUGGUCGAAGAAAGUGUCAAAAAAAGGAAGCGAGGAAGAAGAAGCAAAUGCAGAUAACCAAGAAGUCAUUAAUACGAGGGACAAAACAUUAGCAAAGGAAAUCAAUGAGGAUCUUAAAAGCAUACACCCAGAUGUCUUUCAUUCUCAAUUGAGGUUAUUUACAACGAAUAUCUCGGAACAUGUGGAAGAAUUCUUAUCAGAGAGGUUGGAAAUGUUGAAAGACCGAUAUGGUGUCUUAUUGCUUCUUUACAGCGUAAUUGUUACAAAAGGUAUUACCGAAAUUCAUGUGGAAAUGUCGGAUCCUUUAGAGGCAAUGAUUGAUGCAACAUAUGGUUACGGAAGUCAAAGUCUUAUAAAUUUGAUACUCACUGGCAGGGCAGUCAGCCACGUAUGGGAUUACGAUCAAACCAUUGGAGACCUCAAGUUACGAGGGAUAGACAAGCAGAAUUCUGUUGGAUUUCUUGCACUUCUUGAACAUUUACGUUACUUUGAAGUGGGAACGUUCUUAAAGUCUCCAUCGAAUCCUGUUUGGGUGUUGGGUUCAGACACGCACUUGAGCGUACUUUUCUCUUCUGAGAAGAGAUUGGUGAGUCCCGAAACACCUGCUGAACAAGCUAAAAGGGUUUUCCGAAAGUUCGAUCACGAAGGAAAUAAUUUCAUUCCUGCUAAUUUACUGCAAGAUGUUCUUGCUGAACUGGGAUUAGUCGCAGAUGCAGAAUACGUCGACAUAAUGAGGAAAAAAUUGGAUAGUGAAAAUUUGGGAAUUAUUUUGCGUUCUUCAUUUAUGGACGAAUUCUUUCCCGAAGAAACAAGAACUUGUCCUGACAUAUUUCCCUUAUAUCAUUAUAAUGGUCUUCAACGUAGCAACUACGAAAAUAAAGUGAUAUAUCGCAAAGGUCAAGCGGUAUUAUUAGAAUGUACUAUUAAGGGCAUUUUGGAAAGCAAUCCCAUGCUGACGGUACUUCAAACAAAGUGGCCCAGAAUUGAAGUUCAGUGGGAUGGUGAACAGACUCCGAGCCUUAAUUAAUAAGUGUUGCUCAAAUUGUAUUUUUAACGAUAUUGUUGGAAUUCCUGGACGCGGAAACCAGUGACUAAAUUAUAAAAUGAUUCGAAAAUAAGUGCUACACUUAUGACUACACGGAACUUAAACAGAAAGAUGUCUUUGUGUUUAACGAAGCUAGAGGUGUUCAGUUAUAGAACUAAUUUACAAUGAAAAGGACUUGUUAAAGAUAUUUAAUACUAAUUAGAUAUUAUUUUUUAAUUUUUAAUUAUCAAAAUUCAAUAAAUUUUAAUGUCAUUGCCACUGAAAAUUCAAAUGAUUUGAAUAUCAUGGAAUGAUUUCAGUUAUAAAAGAAAUUCAGUUCAAAACUAAAUUCUGUGCUACAAUUUAAAAGAAUUUGAAGUAUACUUUACAUGUAUAUUUGAUAUUGUAGCGAUUAUGUUGUAUUAUCACAAUUUGGGAAGAAAUUUAACAAUUUAUGUAAUACUAUACCUUAGUUUAUUUCAACAUCAAAUAAGUUAUAGUUAUUCGAUUAUGUUCAUUUAAAGGAAGAAAAGGAACGUACUAAUUAAUUGAAACGAAAGGAGAUUAAAUAGUCAAUGAGGAUAAAUGAAGGGACACGCAACGUUAUUUACAAAACAAAAGUGAAGACGAUAAUAACAGGAACAAAAAAUAAUAAAAUUAACAAGAAAAUUUUUAUUAUUGAAACGUGAUAUUUAUAAAUAAAAACACGUUGAAUGUAACGAGAAAUACGAAAAGUGGUUAAGUGCAAAAUAAUGAAAAAAGUAUAAAAUAUGUAACAAAGAAAAACUGAAAUGUAAAAAAAACGAAAAAAGGAAAAUGUUGGAUGAGUAUGUACAAUUCUGCAUAAGUCGUACAUAAUCUAAAUAUAUAAUUUACUUUAAAGUUAUAGUCUAGUCACUUUAUAGGAGUUUUAUCGAUGGUUGUUACUAUUCCUGUGUUCUAGGUCAAACAAUGCAUUUAGUUCUGAAAUCAGUGUUGGUAUUAUUUUGAUCUUUUGGCUGGUGAUACGUACAGAGUGACUCAAAAUUAUGAAAGAAAUCGAAGCAUGCAAGUUCCUCGUGGGGAAAAGGUCGAAUAACCUACCGUUUUGCAACCUGAGAAUCUCUUUUGAACAUAUAAGCACUUAAAGUUUUUACACAUUGGUCAAUUUUAACUACUUAUAUAUCGAAAACGAAAUUUCAGAUUGCAUGUUUCGACUUCUCUUACAAUAUUAGGACACUGUAUAUAUGUAUCUAAUGGUGGAGCAAUAAUUGCUUGUUGUUAAUAAUGAUGCUGGAAAAUUUAAUGAUGCGAGCGACUGUUGGAAGGAGACCUUUGCUAAUAAAUUUUCGGGCAUCGAUGUGUAUAUGUCACCGAACAAUAUACAAUGAAUCCCGUCUAAGAGGCGUUGGCUCAGUUUCGAACUAUCUCAGUUAGAAAGAGGAGUAGAUGAAAUUUAAUUGCUAUUUAAUUAGUAUGACUGAAAUCCAAAAUCUCUAACACGUAACGCAAAAACAUUUAUUAAGAAAAUCCACGAAUACGAUUGAUUUUGCCCUAAUAAGCUUCUGAUCUUUUCUUAGACAGGAUUUAUUGUCCAUAAUAAUAGUUGAUUCCUGCUGUCCUACUAGUCCUUAAGCGACGCUUACGUCAAAUUUUAAAGUGUUACAAUUCAGAGCAUACUCUAUAAUGUGAAUACUAAAACAGUGUUAUAAUUUUUCUCAUGAACGUGAAUUUUAUUUGAACACAAAGGGCUCUUAAAGGCCAGUAGGGAUCGAACUUUAGUAUUCUACUUCGUUUGAAAAACAGGAAAUUAUCAAACUACGUAGGUACGUACAAUUUUUGCAGGGCUGUACUAAUUAUUUCUGUUUUGACGGUAUGUAAUAAUUUAAAUUAUUUGACAAAGCGGUUGAUUUUGUUUUGCAUGUAAUGUAUAAGUGAAGGUAAGUAAGUGUACAAUCUGCUAAAUUCGUAUACAUUGUUCACCUAAAUUGUUUCCAAUGUUAGUGGACCAAUUUAGUUUAAAUUUAUCCGAAAUAAAUUUUAAUAUUAGAAAACCACGUAACACUUCAUGGACUCUUCCUAAAGCCAUACAUCUCAUGUGCAAUGUUACUAAAAAUAUAAAAAGAUUUAUUUAAAUGUAAAUUAAUGUCUCGCUUGUAGGAAACUUCGUCGAUAAGAGAAAUUAUUCUGGUGAUAAAUCCUUCGAUCACUUACUAACAGGAUAACCCUUUCCUGAUAUUCAACCGACUGCCGCACAGCAGGUAUAUUAUUUUCUCAAAUAUUAAUGUUGAACAUGUUCCAAACUAUUAACUAAAAGCAUCCAAAACUAUAUUCCAUAAUCUUAGCAUUUCAACUUCCGUUGUUAUGCAAAAGCUCGUUUUAUUUACAUAUCAGUAAGUCUAUUGGGGAAGUCUCUUUAUAACUGCCGAGCUUUAUAUUUAUAUUGUUACUUUAGACACAGCUGAGUUACUCUAACUAUUACAACUACUGUCUCCUAAAGGAUGCAGUCUGCUUACAGUUUCGAACAUAAGGAUAAUUAGUAAAGACUGAUAAUAUUUUUCUACAAUUCAUCUGUUAAGAUAUUCCAUGAAAAAUAGUUCAAAAUAGUUCUGUUGCGACUAAUGUCUAGGCAUUAUUCAAUCAAGAAGUUAAUGUUCUGUUAUAUUAAUGUGCUUAUUAAUUAUACAAAAUAUUAUUUUGACUUACAAUUUCAUUGUUUUGACUUAAAAAUGACCUCCUCAUAAAAGAUCUCGAAACAUGUAAAAUUCUUGACUGUUAAAAGGUUACUGUCAACCUAAUAUUUGUUUCUUCUACAUACGAAUUUACGAGUGGUCGUUCUAAUGUACAGAAAAGAAUGUUCAGGAACGUUAUGCGAAAAAGUUACAUAUCAAGUAAUUGAAAGUAAUUAAUAAUAAUAAUGGAUACCCUGCUGCAUUGUAGUAUUAGUCUAGUAAUACUUUGCCAGUAAUAUUUUAAUCGAGUCACUAACAUCGGAAAUAAUAAAGAUGAUACGAAUGUUACAAUAAUAUGAAUUGGUUCAUUCUGCAUUUGCAAACGAGAAAAUAUUUAUUAGAAGCAUGUAUAUUGUUGAAGUUAGUACAACCCACUUUUUAAUGUACGCAUGUUGAGUAACGCUUAUGUGAAGCAAAACGAUACAAAGAACAUCGGCGAUCAUACCUAUUAAAAAUAUGAAUUCAUUAUUGAAAAUUUCAUUGCUUUUGGGUCCCAUGUCAGCUAUGCGAUUCUAAUAGUUAAAGGUCAUACUCUCACACAUAAGUCGUGCAUAAUGAUAAAUAUUUGCGUAAAAUUAUAUAACUAAUAAUUACUAUUAAUUAACCGCCGUAAUUAAAAAGGAUUAAAAUACUGCUAUUGAAAGAAUUAUAUUAUAUUACAUAAACACACCAAGGUAAAUUUCAUUUUUCCGUGAUGCCUCCACCUAGAAUGCAAAUAUUUUCAUCAUCUAAUGCACUCAGUGUAACCAUAUUAUACCAUGGAAACAGUUUUUGAAGUAAUGGGAACAGAGGAAGUAUUCUAUACAAUAGACGGAAUAAUUUGCAGAUCAUUUUGUGUUUUAAAUAAACUAUAUUAUCACAUAAUUAUAGUCGGGUUGAGAACUGUAUUUAAGAAUUUUAUAAAACAAAUAUAUUUAUUUAUUAUUCCUCCUAUUACUAUUAUCAUCGUUAAAAUAAUCGCUAUAAUUUAUUUUAUUAUUAUUAGCUGAGUUCUUGAUGAAGUUAUUAAACAAAACGCAAAGAUUUUGAAGAAACUUUAUGAAAUUUAUAACGCUUUUCUAAUUAUUGUUAAGUAGUGCCAAGAGACCAGAUGAUGGAUUGAGGAUUUUAUAAAAUCUAUCGUGACAAGUGCAUUUCAAGAAGAUGCGUCAGUUCACGUUAGUACUACCUGUUUCUCUACAUUAUUCAAGUAAAGCUCUCAUUAGCUCUGAUUUAAAUGUUACAGAAAUUAUUUUUUUAUGAAUUAGAAUUAUUGUAAUGGAAAAGAUUGAGACAACAUUCGUAAUAUAUAUAUUUAUUUAUUUUUGUAUUAUAUUACACUUGUACACAUAGGGUAUGCUCGUUUUGGACGCUUAUGUACUAUUUAGAAUCAUUCCCUUUGGCUUCUCAGCACUUACACUCGUACGUGUGGCAAAAUGUUGGAUACACACAAAAUUACUUUUUUUAUACUUAAGAAUACCGUAACUAAAAACGCCAAUUAUGAACCCUGUUAAUAUUAUUACUUUUAUUACACUGUUUGUUGUAUGUAAUGUUAUUGAAGUACAAAAAAGUGUAUAAAAUAUUGGAUGUACAUAUUAAAUUCAUUCUAACCAUAUGGCAAAACACAGUUAAUAAAUAACAGUGGUAUUUGACUUAAAUAAACAAUUUGAAGGUGAUAUUGACAGAGUAUUGUCCCCAUCAUGCAACCUAUCACAUAUCAUUUUCCUUAUUGCAAAUGUAUGAAUUUGCUAUUUUAUAUAAAUUUAAUUGAAACGUACGGGUUGGUAGUGACUCUUUAACUACCGUACCUCAACGAAAAUAAGUAUUUAACGUAAUCGAAGUUUACAAGCACUAUCAAUGCAUAAGGGUUCAAAGCGAACCCACCUUUAUUCGUUUACCUGUUAAAUUUGUGUGUAUUGUUUAUUUGUAUUUUUACGUUCCUGUUUGUAGUUAAUGUUACAAGUAAGCAAUUCUGUUAAAUAAUCAGAAAAGUACAAGAUGUCAAUAAGAGUAUUAUAUCAUUUCGUAACUUAGAUAUAUUAAAGUGUUGAAAAAUAUAGUAGUAAAGGGUAAUUUGAUAAAAAAUUAAGAGUGAGAAAACCAAAAGGUCCUUAACAGAUUCAAAACCAGAACCUUACCUUGAACCAUUGAUGUCAGCCUUACAUUCAUCGUUACUAUUGAAAAUGAAGCGAAAUUUGUUCCUACAUCCAGGAUUACACAAUUAAAAAAAUGAUAACCAAACUUAUAAUUUUAUAUCAUAUUGGUAUAUGAUGAUAUUUUCACAAUAAUGGCUAGCCAACUAGUAUACUGUAUAUUAAACAGCAUUCUCAUAGUCAUCAGCCCCUAUGAUUUAGGCUCCAUCCCUGUACGCAAUUCUCUCAUUUGAAUCGUAAACCUUCUCAAAGAUUUAACAUAUACCAACUAAACACCAUUGUAAUAAAUCACAGCACCACCAAAGGUAACGAAAAUACAUUCACUUUUCUACGUGGAAGUUGUGUUUUAAGCAAUAUAUAAUAUGUUAACUCAUAUCUUACAAGUUAAAACACUUUCGAAAUACAAUCACUUAUGUUUUUAUAGCUUUCAAGGAAUUCAUAAUUAAUAUUGUACUGAUUUCAAUAAAUUAGUAAUAAAAAAUAAGGAAAACACUUUAAAAUAAACCUAUUAUAAUUAUACAUCGUUAACUAACCGAACUAU